AUGUCGACCUCGGCCAAUCCCAUUCCUACAUCUACCGUACUUGACCCCGAAACCCCUUUUGGCGAGCACGAGAUAGCACCCCAGACCUGCCCUUUGGUUUUGGACACGAAGACAAAUGCAGAUAUCUUUGGAGACCAAAAUAACCAAGUUGAAAUAGUCAAAGCACUUUCUGACCUCUCUAUAUCUGAAUCGCAUCAAUUAGCUGUGACUAUGGCUUCUGAUUUCAACACAGACAUCAGCGUGAAAGAGGUUGAAGAGCACGCGAAGCAAGUUCAAGAUCUUGAAACCCGAGUUGAUCCUGACCCAUUGAUCGAUGGAUUUCACUGUGUAGUUGCGAAAUUGGAAAGCGGUUUCAAUCGCCCCUCCCUUGAAGCUGUAACUUCCGGCACAAACAAGAAGAUUCAAGUUCAAGACCUUGAAGCUCGAAUUGCGAACAUGGAAAUACGUUUCAACCUCCUCAGCACUCGAGCGGGAAUUUGUAACGAAAAAAUUAUAACCAAUGAACUGGCUUUAAAUGCACAACUCGCCCAAAUCAGACCAUCCCAAUUUGAGCGCAAUGAAUUCAUGGCCACCGAAGCAUUAAAGGAGAGCUGUGUGCUUGCGAAUAAGGUCAUGAAUUUAGAAGCCGAGACGAGUGAUCUACAGACACAAUUAGAUUUGAACUAUAUAACACUUCGGGGACACGGGAGAGUCCUCCAAAGAAUUAUAGAUACAUUGCACUUAGAUAUCGAUAUUGCAGCAGAGAUCGAUUUUGACCCAGCGGUUGAAAACAAUCCACCACUUCCAAAUACUCCUUCCACCGGAAAUGAUUGGACUGCUGUUGACCAACCAGUCUAA